AUGCCGACACUCCUGCGCGUCCUGCUGACGACUUCGCUGCUUUCUGGAGCUUCUGCACUGUCCACAGCGGACAGGAAACGGAGGAUGGACAGGGGGGAGAUGUCGCAGGGCAUGAGUGGCGGCCGCAGGAAGGAGGCCGCUCUCAUCGAGCAGCGGGCUGCCUCUCGGGAGGGCGCCGACCGCUCCGGACGCGGCGCCCGCGAGGGGCGCGCGGUGGGCAGCCACGGGGCCGGCAUGCUCCAAACGCCCGAGGAGCUCGGCAUCUACGAGGGCGUCGCCGAGGCCGGGGAGUUCGCGAAGAGCGUCUUCUCCGAGUCGUACUGCCUGGACAUCGGAGCGACGGGCUUCCCGAUCCCGGUGUUCAAGAUGAUGCAGCUCGUCAAGUGGAACGCGAGCACGUACUUCCAGGAGCUCGAGGCGGUGGGGUUUUCCGACGACGCCCUCCAGAUGGUCGGUCCCCAGGAGGCCCUGCUCAAGUCGGACUGCAUGCAGGAGGGCCGCCAGAGCAGGACGAGGCACAUCUUCGUCGGCGACUCUCAGAUGAUGGCGCUCCGCAACGCGCUCCACCGCCUCAACGGGUGCCCCGAGAUCUGGUGGCACAACACCACCUGGGACCACCAGGAGCUGCUCGCGUCGAUCCAGGAGGGCAGGCGCGUCAAGACCAGCAACGGCCGCUUCCACGCGAAGACGGACCAGACACCAGACGGAGACCUGCCCAAAGGGUGCAGGGAAGAGGGCAUCGCGUCCUUCAUCUUCUGGGAUGCCUGGCUCGAUUGGGAGAUCCCCCUCCAAGAUAUCCAGAACGAGAUCAAGCUGCUCGGAGUCAAUCCACACGAGGGUGACACUGUAGUAGUUUGGAUAGGCUCAAACUUUAUCUCGGCAACUGGCAGACAAGGUGUCCUGAGCAACACGAUCGACAGACUCCACUCGUUGGGAGUCAAGAUGGUGUGGGAUUCACCGACCUUUAUUGACGACGUGUUGAUGGCUGCGACGACAUCCAAGGACAUGGGUACCGACUCGCGUUCUGGCAUUCCCAUCACGUACACCGCAAUCGCUAGGAGGAAGGCGCGCGGCGAGAUUGGCUCAAACCAGUACAAGAGCGAGAAAGCGUUCUUGGCAGGAGGUGCUGUCGAGAUUCCGAUGACGAAGCGCUGGCAGCUGACGAACCGGUACAGGGGGCUCCAGUGCGACGGAAUCCACAGCGACAUGCGCGCGAGGGAUCCGCUGUACUACGAUCUGCCUUGCCCCAAGGGCUCCGAGUCAUACGGCAGGUCCACGUACUGCAACUGGGUGGAGCCCUUCGACGACAGGGUGAGGGAGGACUGUCCCCAAUUCGUCGGCCUGGACGACCUGGUGCUCCAGAGCGGCCUGUUCGCCAUGUGCGCCGCCCACGAGAGCCCCUUCUGCUACGCGCACACCGAGCGCAUCCGCUGA